AAUGUCAAAAUUUAAAGACAUUCUGUUUUUCACCCAUCCAUCGAUUUGUCAACAAACAGUUACUGAUUUUCGACACACACUCGUUCAAUAAUCCGCAUAUUAUUUCUAAAAUAAGUAAAAUUUCAAUUUGAGAUGUCAACCAAAUCAUCCAACAGUUUAGACGCGAGGGCUGAGCUGGCCGAAUUGGUCAAAAGGAAAGCGGAAAUUUCGGAGACGCUCGCCAACUUAGAACGACAGAUCUAUGCAUUUGAGGGAUCCUACCUAGAAGAUACACAACUAUACGGAAAUAUCAUACGAGGGUGGGAUCGUUAUUUAACUACAAACAAGACGACAAAUUCCAAGGCGGAUAAGCGGAACCGAAAAUUCAAGGAAGCGGAGCGGCUGUUUUCAAAAUCGUCCAUCACAUCGAUGGCGGCUGUAAGUGGUCUAGUGGAUCCCAAUGAAACAAAGCAUGACCGCAAUAGUGAGUCAGACUCAAUGACAAAUGACGAUUCUAGUGACAACCAGAUGGGUGUCAUCAAUUCUAACUCCUCCCUUGGAUCCGGAAUGGAUAAUUCACUCAAAAAUUCGGUCAGCAAAGGACUUAAUUCGUCUAAAAGCAGCAUAGAGAAGUCGUCAUCAUUCCUGAACCGGUCGACAACGCCUACCAAGGAGGUGGUCGCUCCGGUUAAGGAAUCCACUACUCCUAGUAGCACCGCUAAGCACAAAACCAGUGUCGGGUCGGUGAAAAAGACUAACUCCAAUAAGAAGGUGCGACAUCGCUGAUUGGCUUGCGCAGAUACGGUGGGAUAUCCGUGUUUAUCGAUUUUGAGCUUUAGGUUUGAGAUUGAUUGUUUAAACUAUUGGUCCUGUUCUACAGCACGCCGAAUUGAUUUAUCGAACCAAUAUGGUUUGAUGGAAUCAGUUUCUCAACAUCAUGUCGCUAUCGUUACUGAGAGUACGAAUCAUUCGUUCGAAUGAGUAACCAGGCGUAACGCUGUAUCGGCGGUAAAGCUAUAGCUAUAAGUAAUAGUAUCAAAUGUAAAUUUUAAGUGUCAUUGAUCGUAAUGAUUUGACCUAAGAUAUAUCACAUCCUAAAAUUUAUAAAA